UUACAUCCUUUACAUGCCGUUGCAAUAUAUACGCUUUUUACAAUGAAAAUAUGCUUCCCAUAGAGUACAUAUAUAUACACAUUAACAUUCUCCCCCCCCCCACCCCGGUUCACACUAACUAAGUGAAUCCUCGAGAGUUCCCUGUUCUUCUUCUUCUUCUUCUUCCUUUCAGUUGUUACAAGUCCUCGAUCGACAAACACCUGUCAAGCAAGAAAAAGAGACCUCUACUUUUUUCCUUCCAACCAACAAAAAGGAAGAAGAAAAAAGGGCCAUGCCAGUAUGACUAUGGAGCAGCGUCGAGACUUGGCGAAACUUGCUUCUCAACUUGACUCUGAACAUGACCGACAACAGUACACUAAAGUUAUUACCAUGGCCGAAAAACUACAGUCUCGUAUUCAAGAACUUCAGAGGCUUGGACCACCGCCAUCUUCUUUAUCAUCAUCAUCGUCAUCGUCGUCAUCGUCAUCUAAUGCUACUGCUGACAAUAGUAAGUGAACAAAAGAGGAUCCCCACACCCUGUGCAAUUCAUUACUUAUACGACAUUCAAUCACUAACUACGGGUCAAUGGGCAGCAACAGCAACAGCAACAGCAACAGCAGCAGCAGCAGCAGCAGCAGCGGUGGUAGCUACCACACCACCUGAAGCAACAAAUGACACAAACAAUAAAAAGCCGCUGGACCGGUAUUAUCGACUACUUGAACGUUCCCAAUCUAUCCAAAAAGAGCUUAAUAGGAUAUCGACAGAAUACUCUCUUCCAAAGCAACAACAACAACAACAACAACAACCAUCACAACUACACCCACCUCCUUCUUUUCCUCCUCCCUCUGUCCCUCCCCCACAGCCCCCAGCCAAACCAUUCCUACUCGACGUUCGACUACCAUCCACCCCUCCACCGACACCCAAGAAGGACAACGAACAAGAGGAUGAUGACGAUCCUAUUAUUACUCCGCCUGCUUCACCGCGCAUGAAACAACAAGUCCGGUUCCAUCAUGAUUACGAAAACAAAGAAGGAAAAAGACAACAAGAACCACCGCUUCCACCACUCCCACCACCACCUGCACGGAAGGAGCUACCACCGAUUACUCAUGUUCAAAAGAAAAUUAACGGGCUACGGGGAUUCCUGACGCGGACGUACCAACUCAGUAACGACCUGGUCAUGUCACGGGCCCACAUCACGCCUUUACGACUCUUUACCGCAACGGAAGUCAUGACCGGCAAACCCAAGGCUGUGCUCAAGAUUGUCAUUACCGGGCAUCAUGACUAUGGCUUUUCCUUUUAUUGGCCAAGUAGUAGUAGUAGUAGUAGUAGUAGUAAUAGUAGCGGAACAACAGUGGCGACAAUGAAACCGAAUCGUGCGCACGACGUGGCAAGAUUUGCGCUCGUCCCUGACGCAUUGGUGCAAGAUGCUUUGGAUGGUUGGAUACAGCAGCAAGGUGGAGUGCUCCCUCCACUCUAUCAGGCUACUCACAUUCUUCGAGAAAGUAUCAAGAUCUACGUUGUGUAUAAUCGCUAUCAUUUUAAUAAUCUGUAAAUAACCUCCUCCUCCACCCAACCAACCCCAAUAUUGCAUUUUCAUCUUCCAAAGACACACACAAACAAACAAACAUAAUCAUCCAUUAAAAGUUUCAGCAGUUCUGCUUACUACUACUACUACUACUACUACUACUACUAUGACAAAAGCAUUUUGCUAAAAGGCACAGCCCUUUAUCUCAUUUAUUAUUCCUUCAUAAACCCUCCUCUGGCACUACCCUUCAAGUUAACAAUUCGUUCUUACUCGGAAACAUUAUAGAUGUAUUCCAUGCAAGAGUUGUCCUUUGCGCGAUAACUCAAUCGUCGGGCAUGACUAUUUUUAA